AUGGUUGAAGUUACCAUAUACUUUCAUCAUGGUGUGAAUGAGUACAUUAAUAAGUUAGGUUUUGCUGGUGUGCAAGAACUUAUUGUACUUGCUCCAACUGGGAAAUAUUUUGAAAUAAUAGGUGAUGAGGGAGUUAGGACCUUAACAUCUUUUAUCUCUACUGAGUAUAAAUUUAUUCACUUGUUUGCUACUGAAGAUUGUGAAUUGUCUGUUGAUGUAAUUGAUAUUGUCAUGCAUGAUGGGUCAUUUCUACUUUCACCAAUUGUUAAUGAGGGCACAGACUGUAGUGAAAGUGAAGAUGACAAUAAUAAUGGAAUGGUGUUUAGUUGCUCAGAUUAUGAUACAGAUGAAUUAGAAAAUUUUGUUACUAAAAAAAAGAGGAAUAUAAUUGAUGGUUUGCAAGAUUAUAAGGAGAUUGCUAAGGGUAUGGCCUUCAAGGACAUACCUGAAACAAAACAGUUUUGUAAACUUUAUGCUCUAGCUAAGAAGGUAGAACUAGUUGUGUUGAAGAGUGAUAAGAAAAGAUUGAGGUAUACAUGUGUUGCUGAUGGCUGUCCAUUUUUACUUCUUAUUUCUGGGGAUUUGACCACUCCUGGAGUUAGUGUCAAAACACUUGUAGAUCAUAUAGAGUGUGGAAUAGCAUAUGAUAACUCUUUAGUAGAUUACUUAACAAUAGCCUUGUAUUUCAAGGACAAAUUGCAAAGUGACCCCAAGUACAAAGUCAAAGAAAUGAAGGCUGAUUUACAUAGAGUUUUUGAGCUAAAUGUAAGUGAAGCAAAGUGCAAGAGAGCCAAAAAGGAGAUACUGGAGAGUUUAGAAGGUAGAUUUGUAGACUCUUACAACAAAUUAGAGGGUUAUGCUACUGAAUUGAGAAGGUGUAAUACAGGGUCUGACAUUGUGAUAGAUUUGUCUAAAAAGGCACUAUCUAAUGGUAAGAGAAAAUUUCUUAGGAUGUAUAUCUGCUUCAAGGCAAUGAAGUUGGGUUUUAAGUCUGGGUUAAGACCACUUAUUGGGUUAGAUGGUACAUUCCUUAAAGGAAAAACUAAGGGACAGGUAUUGUGUGCUGUUGGUCAAGACAGUAAUAACUAUUUCUACCCUCUAGCUUGGGCUGUGGUAGAUAAAGAGACUAAGAGGACUUGGACAUGGUUUAUGCAACAUUUGCAACAUUCACUUGAACUUCAAAAUGGUGAAAGACUGACAUUUAUAUCAGAUAUGCAGAAGGGGUUGCUUGAAGCAAUAAGGACAAUCUUACCUGAAGCACAUCAGAGAUAUUGUGCAAGGUAUAUUGAGGCAAAUUGGUGCAAAAGAUGGGGUAAAGAGGAGUUUGAGGACCAACUUCAAGAGAUCAAGGAAGUUAAUGGAGAGGCUGGACAAGAUUUAAUAGACAAGUAUCCUCCCAAAGCAUGGUGCAGAGCCUAUUUAGAUACAGUGUGCAAAAAUCAGGCUGUUGACAAUAACUUUACUGAAUCAUUCAAUGCCUGGAUACUUGAAGCAAGGUACAAGCCAAUUAUUGGAAUGUUGGAAGACAUCAGGGUCAAAAUAAUGGAGAGGUUGGCAGCAAAAGAGGUUGCUGUGAGGAAGUGGAAAGAUGAUGGAUUUAGUCCCAAAAGUGAGUUGUUGUUUAUUGAGUAUUUGAAGAUUUCCAAGGUUUGUAAGGUGAGUGGCAAUGGGGAUAAUGGCUAUGAGGUUAUUGAAGGUGCAGAUAGACACAUUGUCAAUUUAAGAGAGAAAAAAUGCACAUGCAAAACAUGGGAUCUGACUGGAAUUCCAUGUCCACAUGUAAUUAAGGCCAUGGAGCACAAGAAAAUGAUACCAAUGAAAGAAAUUCAUUGGUAUUUAGUAAGGAGGCAACAUUGGCAGUUUACAAACACAAGUUACAACCUGUUAGGGGAGAACCAUUCUGAAAAUGUGAUCCUUUACAUGCCAUUGAACCACCUGAAUUGGUCAAGCUUGUUGGCAAAGCAGGGGAAACAACUUACUAAGAAGCAGGGGAAGCAACUUGCUAAGCAAGGAAAAGAAUCUGGCAGGGGGAAAAAGAGGCAGCUUAGGAGAGGUUUAGUUGAUGAAGAUGAAGCUUCUGAGGAAGACAUCAACUGCAUAGCCCCACAACCAACACAAGAAAGUCAGUUUGGAUAUGUUUCUUCUAGCAGCUAUUUUCCAGUAGCUGAGGAUGAUGAUGAAGACCCUAGGCUAAGGCCAAGAACAAUCUCAGAAGAAGUUUUUCUAACAAGAUUGAAAAAGAAACAGAAUCCACAAGAACCAAUUGGAAGUAGAGUAAUAGGCUUCAGAGGUGACAAAUUUGGUGUUAGUGAACCUACAAAUCUUCCCAUAGGACCGACUGUCUUAACUUGGAAUGGACAAGGUGCAGUUACUACAAACCAGCUACAAAAGUUGAGGCCAAGAAGGGGAUGA